CGCCGGACUCUUAUUUAUCUCCUCCUGCUUCAGUGUUCUUGGGUAUGGGGGAAACUGGAGGCGCGGCUGGGAUUACCUGCAAGACCCAGGAGAACAACGCUCUGUUCUUUACCCGGAACGCCAGUAUAUCCAGGGGGAUAUUUUGCUAAAGCAGAUCAUCGGUCGAUAUUUUGCAGCUUUUCUCUCUUGUAUUUUUUUUGCAUGCUAGAUAACUUUCGUAUCUGUAUAAAACACGAUGUUUCAGGGCGUUUAUCUGUCCGACGAUUCUUGCAGUAACGACACGUUUCUGCGGAUGCUGUGCUCGUCCCGCUCUGUUGUCUGUAGUGUCGGCAAGGAGAUGCUCCCUAAUGACACACUUGGUGACAGGAACAAUGUCACUGAUAUGGAAGCUCAUUCUGCGGUGGAUAAAUGGAACAACUACGAAUUCUGGAUUGGCUUGUCCCUGGCUGUGCUGUCGGCCUUCCUCAUUGGAGGAAGUGUCAUUCUGAAGAAGAAAGCCCUCCUCCGAUUAGUAGGAAAAGGGGAACCUAGAGCAGGCGAUGGCGGUCAUGGGUAUUUGAAGGAUUGGCUGUGGUGGGGGGGCCUCCUUACCAUGGGUGCAGGAGAGGCUGUGAAUUUCGCGGCCUACAUGUUCGCCCCAGCUACUGUGGUGACGCCGCUUGGGGCACUAAGUGUGCUAAUCAGUGCACUGCUGUCCUCCCACCUGCUGGGGGAGUCAUUGAACCUCCUUGGAAAACUGGGCUGCAUCCUCAGUCUGCUGGGAAGCACCAUAAUGGUGAUUCAUGCUCCAGAAGAAGAAGAAGUCACUACUCUGCAGCAGAUGGCUCAGAAGCUGCUUGAUCCUGGUUUCCUGGUCUACGCCAGCAUCUUACUGGUGGCCUGUCUGAUUCUGAUCUUCUACUUUUCCCCACGCAUUGGUCAGACCAACAUCUUGGUGUACAUUAGUAUCUGCUCCUUGCUUGGUGCCUUCACGGUCUCCUCCGUCAAAGGCUUGGGCCUUGCCAUCCGUACCUUCUUCUCCGACCCUACGGUCCUGCGUCAGCCGCUCACUUGGAUUCUCCUGUGUUCUCUGGUGGUCUCCAUCAUCACGCAGGUCAACUUCCUGAACAAGUCCCUGGACAUUUUCAACACGCUGCUGGUCUACCCCAUCUACUAUGUGUUCUUCACCACCGUGGUGCUGACCACCUCCGUCAUCCUCUUUAAGGAAUGGGGUGCCAUGUCUGGCGUCGAUGUGGUGGGCACCAUCUGCGGAUUCCUCGUCAUAGUGUUAGGGGUGGGCAUGUUGCAUAUCCUGCGGGAUGUUAACGUCACGCUGAGUAGCCUGAGGGACAGCAUCCGUGUGCAGCGGGGUGAGAGGCAGAAGGACAGAGUGGAGGACAAACGUGUCCUUAUAGAGAACAUAGACUUUUUGUCUCCUGUAAAGGACGAUGCACCGCGGGUCUUUAUCAUCAGCUGAGCAGCAUUCGGUGAACCACGAAGUUAUUUUAAUGUAAAUAUGUGAGCUUUGCUCUUUGCUCUAGCUCAGCAUCCUACUACUGCUGAUGGCUUUUGCCAGUGAAGCAUAACGUUAUUUGUAGCGCCGCUUCAUCGUGAUACACGCAACCCCCGCAGCCAAAGGUAUUUCCAUUAUUCUGGUGUCUAGUGAAUGUAUUUAGGUCAUUUGUUUGACUGUCGUUUAUAGACAUGCUAGGGGUUUUCCUACCAAAUCUGGCAAACUAAUCGCAUCUUCUCAGACUGAGAGAUCUGAUUAGUUCGCACUGGUUUUUGCGCUAACGUGACGUUCGCUGUGGAAAUUUAACACUUUAAUUUGUACAGAUUUUCGUAAGGAAACUUUUAUUUGAGAAUACCACAGGUGUGUCUUCUUCGGAUAAAUCUAAUUGUUGGUGAUUGUAAUUUUCAUCGUAUGCUUAUGUAUGUUAUGUACUGUCAAAGAACACUAGAUUUAUAUGUUUUCUUCCUGACUUUUAAGAUGUAGCACUGUAUAUUUUAUGGAGGACAAAAUGUUUUUAAGUAAUGGAUUUAUACAUAGCAAAUCUAUUUUUAUUCUUUCAGGUUUCAUCUACGUGAAAUGCACAAUUUUAUCGCUAAUUGCAUUGAAUUGAAUUCUGAAAUUAUAUAUUUUUUUUUAUCUUAGAUAAUGGCAUUUCUUUCCAAAUGAUUUGUAGGGUUUCCCCAAUUUGCAGACAAUCACAAAAACAUUUCAGUUUUGAAGGUGUCUUAAAGGCAUAAUUCUUGUCAUUUGGGAGCAUAUAUGUAAAAUCUGUUUAACAACCUGCAAAGUUAAAUGAGAUGAGGGCUCAAACUGUGGAUAUUUAUUUUUGUAACAAUGUAUCUAAAUGAGAGCCCAGUGGAUCUUUUGAAUACUUUGUAUGCAUUUUUAUUAAUCUUAUGGAAACAAUGUAUCUUGUCUCCCCUUUGAAUUGUGCAAAAUUUAGCAAAUUUAGAUAUUAUGUUUGUGUAACACAUUUCCGGAAUAUUCCUGCUCCAUUGUGGUCUGGGAUUUAUUGGCACGGUCAUUAUUUUAUUUGCCUAUAAAACCAAUUUCAUUUUGA